GGAAUAGAUAUCUUUGGAAACUUUAAAGGAUAUUUGAUUUUAGUUCAAUGUAAGAAUUAUACAGAUGCGAAAGUUAGUGUUGAUGAUAUUAGAAAAUUCGAAGGAGUGAUAUCAAGGUAUCCCAAUCAUACAACAAUAGGAAUUUAUAUAAUAUUUGAUACAGAUGGGUAUAACAGAAAUGCAACUAUUAGAGCAGAAACAUCAAAAUUUAAUAUCUUAUUAACAAAUAUUUCUAGCAUGAAACCAGACAUUAUUAAUUAUGUCUUUGAAAAAUUAAAUAAUACUUUUGAUGAUUCUGAAGAAUGUAUAAUCGAUGAAAUAAUUUGUAAAAUUGAAAAAAAAUUUGAUAUGUUAAAUGAGAAG